UUGUAAAAUAGCUGGCAUACGAACGGAAAUCGAUUUAUAAAUCCCUAACCGCUUUUCAGUCUAUAAAUCCCUGGAUUAGUUGUUUGGCGCCUGGGAUGAGGGGAUCUCAAUGGAGAUAAUUUAGAAAAUCAACUUUGACUGAUAUAUUCCGGAAAAGAUAGAAAAUCAGCAUAAUCUAGAUCUCUCUGCAAGAUGGACUUUUUUGAAAACAUGCCCAAAAUUGAGCUUCAUGCUCAUUUAAAUGGCUCAUUGAAAAUGGAUUCAAUUCGUGAACUAGGACUACAGCUGUAUGGAGAAAACAGUUCGGAUUUUUUAAAACGCAUUCAAGAAUUUACAACAUUUCCAGAAGAUAUGGACGCUGAUAAGCUAUCGAAAUGUUUUCAAAAAUUUGCAUUUAUGCAUGAGCUAACAUCCAGCAGAAAAGGUCUUCAAUUAGCCACGCAAAUGGUCAUACGAGACUUUGCCCGCGAUAAUGUUAUCUACUUGGAACUGAGAACAACUCCCAAAAACAAUGAGCACAUGACACGCAGAGAGUAUUUGGAAACUAUUUUGGAGGCAAUACAAGCAUCCCGAGAAAGUUAUGGUGAGAUAAUUGUAAAACUAUUAAUCUCCAUUGACCGAUCCCAAGGGGUAGAUGCGGCCGAAGAAAUUGUAAAUUUGGCCAUUGAAAUGAAGAGUCAAUAUCCCACCAUUGUUAGGGGAAUGGAUCUGAGUGGUAACCCGGCUAAGGGUCACUUUAAAGAUUUCCUUCCAUCAUUGGAAAAGGCCAAAAAGGCAGAUUUACACCUAGCCUUACAUUGUGCUGAAAUAGACAAUGAAGAGGAAGCCCAGGAGAUGUUGGAUUUUCAAUUCGAUAGAUGUGGCCAUGGCACAUAUCUAACCCUCAAACAAAUGGAGCAAUGUAAAGAACAAAAUAUUACCAUAGAAUGUUGCCUGACCAGCAACGUUAAGUGUGGAACAGUAAAGGACUAUGAUAUGCAUCAUUUUAAACGACUACAUGAUAAUGGCAUACGCAGCGUCAUUUGCACCGAUGAUUGUGGGGUAUUUGAUAGCACGCUUAGUCAAGAAUUUGCCAUAGCUUCUACGGUGUUUUCAUUGAAGAAAAACAAUAUUCAUGACUUGUGUAAAAAUGCCAUAGCAGCUGCAUUUUGUGAUGACGUUGAGAAAACUGAUUUACGCCAAAGAAUUGACAAAUACUUUGCAGAUAAUACGGAAUAAAGCCUUUAUUAUGUCA